AUGGAGCUAGGAAAAUACUUAUAUUUCAUAUUUGUUGUGAUAUUCUUCGUAUGCAUUACCUGUUCUGUUGGUUAUUUGAAUGAUUCAAAAGUUAACUGUUUACAAGGUCCUGAUUUUUGGUGUUUAAAUGAAACAACUGAAUUACUAUGUAACUUUCACAAUAAAACCAUAGGUUUAUGUGGUUAUACGAAUAAACAAUGUCAGAUUAAAACAGGCGACGAUUUCUGCAAAUCAGCUCCACCAGCUCAACAACAACCAGCGCUUGAAUUCAACGGUGGUCUAACCGGUGUUGACGAUGAUUACUUUUCGUAUUAUAUUCUCAGUCUUUAUUGGCCACCAUCAAGUUGUCCUCAACGAUAUAAUGAAACAACCGAUCUACUACGUUAUUUUUGUUCACCUUAUACCGAUCUUGGUCAACCAGGUAGCGAACGAUUGGCUUUACAUGGUCUAUGGCCAACUUUUUCAACCGGUGGGAAUUAUCAAGGUUGGCCGCAGUUUUGUUCAUCGCAAUUUCAAGAUUGGUCCAGUUGUCAUAUUAAUGGAGAUUUAUGUCCAUGGAAAAACACGUCACGAAGUGAUUUUUCCCAAGGGAACUAUGAAUAUUGUUUAGCAAGUGAAAAUGUUGAUGACUGUCUGAUCAACGGAAGAGAAAUUCUCGAACCUGAACGUGAACGGUUGAAAGUACUAGCUCCUGGAUAUCUCAAUAAAUUCAAUUUAUUUAUCAAUCAUGAAUGGACGAAACAUGGUUCAUGUUGUUCGUCAACAUUUCGUCAUAAUAUAUCGAACUACUUAACACAUAUGCUCGAUUUAGCUGACAUGGUAACGCGACCGGGCAGUUUAACUUAUCAGCACAUUCAACGUUAUGCUGGAGAGAAAAUCGGUCUAGGCUAUCUGAUAUCUGUACUUAAUCAAACGUCGAUUAUCAAUUGCAACAAUCGAUGUGAACUGGAAGAAAUUUGGAUGUGUAUGAGCCGUCAUCAUCAUACAGGUUUACCAAAUCAAUUAAUUCCUUGUCCAAUGGGCGCAUUUCAUACAAGUGAUUCGUGCCAGAAGUCUCGAUGCGAAUAUGUUUCUAUCCCUCUACGAAACAAAGCUUCAUUUACAAGCGAUACCAUUACUGAAACGUAUAUUCCAAGUUUAAGGACAAAACUACUUAUUUUCAUACUCGUAUUAAUCAUCGUAAAACCUAUCGUCAUUGUUUUGGGUGGAUGCUGUGCAUAUCUUCUUUCCCACUAG